AUCCUCCCUCCCUCUCGCUCGCUCUGCUCAGUGUGUGCUGUUGAGCGUGAAAGUCACAAAUUAUAGAAAAAGAGAUCAGAUGCCAUGAUAGCGGCAAUUUGGCAAGCUAUGACGCGUGCCAAGGCGAGAGGGGAGCAGCAAAGGUCAAAGUAGUAGGCGGGUGCGAGCGAGAGACGGAAAGAGAGAGAGAGAGAGAGUGAGAGCGAGCGCACUUCUAACCCCCAAACUGACAAGAGCGAGAGAGCCGCCCCUGUUGAUGAUCCUUGAUAUGUUAAUGAUGAAGAUCCUUGCUGCCUGGCUGACUGACUGGGCAAGGGGUCAUUUGCUUGCCUCAAACUUGGUCAAUGCGGCGGUAAAAAUAUUUAUACAACUAGCCCAAAGGGUGGCUUUGCCAGCCUGACAGCAGCUCGUGCCACACGCGCGUCUCAGUGGCAGCAGCAGCAGCAGCAGUUGCGGCUCAGCACUCGAGCCGUCCAGUCAAACACACACCAUGAGCCGCUACUACUCAUCGGAGGAGGACAACAGCUCCUCACAGUACCUCGGCAGUCCUAACUACAAUCUAACGCAGCCAUUUAACCAGCUCAGCUACCUCACGCCCGAUUGGCAGUUCCUGGAGCAACACCAACACCAACAACAGCAGCAGCAUGAGCAGCCAUUGAAGAAGCGCAAGCUGGAGACACGUCGCUUAUCCGAUUCCAGUGCCUUGAUCCUCAGUCCCACCGUGCAGAAGCGUCGCCGGCAGGCAGCCAAUGCACGCGAACGCAAGCGCAUGAACGGCUUAAACGAGGCCUUCGAUCGACUGCGUGAGGUGGUGCCAGCGCCGUCGAUCGAUCAAAAGCUAUCCAAGUUCGAGACCCUACAAAUGGCCCAAUCAUACAUCUUGGCCUUAUGCGAUCUGUUGGACAACAAUGGCGAGGAUGUGGAUGCCGCUGACUAUACGAUCUUCGGCGGCAGUGAAAGCAGCUUCGAGCUGACAUCUCCCAAUUGA